GCAAGCUAUGCAGGCUUAGGAAUUUCUACUGAUCUUUUUUUUUUAGGGUUUUGAUAAGUGGUCACAAAAAAGGGGGGAGAGAGAGAGAUGAUUCAGUGUUGCCAAAACCUUGUCGAUCGCCUGAAAACGGUCAGACAUGACUCGGCUCGGUUUCAAGUGAUCAAAGGAAAAGUUGUAAUUCAAGGGAAUUUGGGGAGAUGUGGUCCUGGGAAGCUGGUUUCUCUUCAGCUUUGUAGUACCACUGUUGUUGAUCAAAUUACAAGAAGAGGCAAGCUUUGUGAGGCAGCACAUCUAAAAGUGGGUGGAAUUUCACAACAUGAAGGAAUAUACAUUUCAACUUUCAAGAUCUCAUUUAGAGUUGAGAAAGAGUUUGGUUUCCCUGGUGCUCUCAUUGUAAAAAGCAUGCACAAGACUGAAUUCUUCCUGAAAUGUGUUAGACUGGAGCUUCAUGGUGGCCUCACUGCUUAUUUCGAUUGCCAUUCAUGGGUUUAUCCAAUCUCCAAAACAAAUGUCGACCGCGUCUUCUUCUCCAACAAGAGUUAUGUUCCUACCCAAACACCAACUGGCCUUCGGCAUUUGAGAGAAGAGGAGCUCAAAAAAUUGAGAGGGAAUGGCAGAGGAGAAAGAAAAGAAUGGGAUCGAAUUUAUGACUAUGAUAAAUAUAAUGAUCUAGGUGAUCCUGAUAAGGGUCCUGACCUUGCUAGACCAGUUUUAGGUGGCUCUGCACAUCAUCCGUACCCUCGUAGAGGAAGAACCGGUCGAGCUCCGAGUGCCCGAGAUCCAUCAUCAGAGAGCCGGCUGGAACUUCUCGACGUUAUUAAUAUAUAUGUUCCGAGGGACGAGCGCUUCAGUCCUUUGAAAAUGUCGGAAUUUAUCAAGAAUUCUAUAGAAGCCAUUGUGCAUUUUCUUAUUCCUGUGGCAAAAUCAUUUUUCCAGAAAGACAUACAAAAUUUUACAACAUUCCGGGAGAUACGAGAAUUAUUCAACGACCGAAACCGGAUUUUGGAUAAUGUUGUGGCCGAAAAAUUGAAGAAACUUGUCCCCCAAGAGCUGAUGGCACAGAUAGUAAAGACCAUUAGAGAAAAUUCAACAAAAUUCCCAGUACCCCAAAUUAUUCAAGAAGCUGACGACUUUGGGUGGCAAAGCGACAUCGAAUUCGGUCGAGAAAUGCUUGCAGGCAUCAAUCCCAUGCUCAUCCGACAGUUAGAGGCAAUCAAGGAGAGGAGACUAUACAUUCUGGACCACCACGAUACUCUCAUGCCAUUUUUGAGACGCAUAAACGCCCUCGGAGGGCUCUGCAUUUACGCGUCUCGCACCCUUCUCUUUCUGAGAAAUGAUGCAGCUUUGAAGCCCGUGGCAAUCGAGCUCAGUCUUCCAUUAAAUGAUGAAGAUCAAGGUUCCCGAGAGGACAAUUUAUCAGAUGAAGGAUGGUGGGACGACAAAAGAGUCUUCUUUCCUGCAACGAGUGGCACUGAGAGAGCCCUCUGGCAACUCGCCAAAGCCCAUGUAGCCAUUAAUGACUCGGGCCACCAUCAACUUAUAAGUCACUGGCUACAUACUCAUGCAGUGGUGGAGCCGUUCAUCAUAGCAACUCGACGGCAGCUGAGCUCCAUGCACCCUGUGCACAAGCUGCUUCACCCUCACUUCAAGGACACCAUGCACAUAAAUGCGCUUGCCCGUGGCAUUCUCUUAAAUGCCGGGGGGAUCUUUGAGAAGACCAUGUUCCCCGGCAAGUAUGCAUUGGAGCUCUCUUCUGCGAUCUAUAAAGACUGGCGGUUCGACGAACAGGCCCUCCCGAAAGAUCUUCUCAAGAGAAAAAUGGCAGUACCAGACCUUGAUGCACCAAGCGGAGUACGACUAGUAUUCACAGAUUACCCUUACGCCUUAGAUGGUCUCGACAUAUGGUGCGCCAUAAAGAAAUGGGUCCAUAAAUACUGCUCAAUCUUUUACCGAAACGAUGUUUCUGUAAGAAACGACUCCGAAAUUCAAGAAUGGUGGUUUGAGAUCAGGCAAGUGGGUCAUGGGGACAAGAGAAAUGAGAAUUGGUGGUUCAAAAUGGACAACCUCUCCGAGCUCGAAGAGGCCCUGACCAUAAUAAUAUGGAUCGCUUCCGCGCUCCACGCCUCAGUCAACUUUGGCCAAUACGGGUACGCCGGAUACAUGCCAAAUAGGCCAUCAUUAGGCCGGAGGUUCAUACCUGAUGAGGGCACUCCUGAAUUCGCCGAAUUUUUGAGGAAUCCAGAUGCAUUUUUCCUAAAGACGGUGCCAAACCGGUUCCAAACCACACUAGGCAUUGCAUUGAUAGAAAUCCUUUCCAAGCAUGCAUCAGAUGAGGUUUAUUUGGGACAAAGGGAAUCCGAGGAGUGGACUGAUAACGAGCAAGUGAUCGGAGCAUUUCAGGAAUUUCAAAGAGAGCUACAACAGAUUGAGAAGAAGAUUAUCGAGAGGAAUCAAGAUCUGAAAUUGAAGAACAGGAGUGGUCCACGAGUGAUCCCUUACACUCUCUUGUAUCCUGAUACUUCUAAUGUGAGUAAAAAAGGGGGCCUCACAGGUAAAGGAGUACCCAACAGUGUGUCUAUCUAGUUCUUUGUUAAUCCAUAAAGCUGUGUAUUAUAUUCUUGUCUCUUUUUUUUUUUUUUUCAAGAGUUGUUACUUCACUAAAGCUCAAUUGGGGGGCUGCUAAGUAAUGUGAAGGUCCAUAUUUAAGACAAUGUAAUAUAAUUCGAUGCGGUGUGAUCGCUGAUAU